AUGAAAGAUCUCCCACGCCUUCUCUCCGAAAUCCCGGGUAUCAAACACACAUUGUAUGCGGAUGAUAUCACUGUCUGGUGCAACUCGGGCAGUGACGCCGAGAUCGAGGAGCGUCUUCAAGCAGCAGCGGACACGGUGGACCAGUACGCAAGGGAAAGAGGCCUCCAGUGUGCGCCGGAAAAGUCCGAGUUGCUCAUCCUGAAGAACCCGAGGACACCCCUGGCGCAGAACAUCACGGUGUAUAUAGACAACCACUCAGUACCGAAACCCACGGAGAUCAAGAUCCUAGGGCUGUAUAUCCCGCAGGGGCGACAGAACACCACCACUGUGAAGAAGCUUACAACAUCCACCGAGCAAAUCCUCCGGAUGAUGCAUCGUAUUAGAAAUAAGCACCAUGGCAUGAAGGAAAGGGACGCCAUCCGCUUAGUGCAGGCUUUCGUGAUUUCUCGGAUAAUGUACGGGACGGCAUUUCUUAACCUCUCCAAGUCGGAAAUUGAAAAGUUGGAGACGCUGAUCCGGAAGGCCUACAAAACGGCACUGGGGCUACCAAACUCCACGCCAACGGCAAAGCUCAUGGCUCUAGGAGUACAUAAUACCCUGAAAGAGAUUUACUCGCUGCCUUCAUCCCCGGUUUGCGGUGCGCUGUUCCACUGGAUUCGCAUGGCGAACCUAUCGUUCAUGGUUCUGAGGCCGGCAAAUUCGCUGAGCCUGUUCCCGCCACACUUCACCCGGAGCAAAGCCGCCAUCAAAUCUACAUCUGGAGCGACACCCCAUUUGUAUCUUCGGCUCAUCACUGUGCAACCGCGACAGCAUCGACAGCGCCAGCAGCGGGACGCUUAA